AUGGAACUCGGUCAACUACUGGAUGGCAGUCUCUCAGGAGCUACGGACGUCCGUGAGCACAGUGAAGCUCAAUUGACUCAAAUGAUGUAUACUCGUGGUUUUGCAUCUGAUCUGACCAAGUUUCUCUUUUCAAUGGAAGCGUCCAAGGUCCAACGUCAAUUAUCCGCUCUCUUACUGAAAAAAGUUGUAAUAUCUUGCUGGAUCACGAGUUCUGAGCCACCAAUGCAGGUGGAUUACGUCAUCAAUGAACAAGAAAAAUUACAAGUAAAGCACGUGCUUAUCAAGGGGCUACAGGAACCACAUCAAUUGGAACGUUUUCGUGACAAGAAGCUACAAACGGCACUGUGUCUGAUUCUAACAGCCAUUUUUGAACGUGAUUGGCCCGAUCAAUGGCUUGAGAUUCUACCAUGUAUCAUGGGAAUGAUUACUGGACAAAACACAUUGCAAAUUGACGUUGCAAUCCGUUUCUUAUCACUUGCAGGUGGACAUUUUUCAAGUGACCAUUGCUGUGAACUGGUGACGUCUGUAGUUCCACAUUUACAGCAAAUGUUUGUAGUACUUGGUGGUCAUGAGUUUCAAGCUGGUACAAGGUCCAGGAUUGUACGGAUUGUACAGAAUACUCUACUCAUGGUUGGAAUGGAAGCGCAGGUAGGCAAUGCUACGGCAAUGCAGCUCCUCCAUGAAAAUACGACGCAGUGGAUUGGAUUGUUUUUAGCAGAGCUAGCUAGACCAGUACAGAAUAUUAAGGACUAUUUGAUCAAGAUUCAGGUCUUGACGACACUCGCGAGCUUUGUGCGGGAAUGGCCCAAGGAAAUGUCAGACUUUAUGCCGCAGAUCAUGCCUCAGGUCUAUGGACUUAUGCUGAAUGAUGCUGAUGCGUAUGAACGUGAUGUGGUGUUGAGUGCUUCAAAGGAGGAAGAAGGGUACGAUAGUGAUGGAGAGGGUGCACUCAUUGGCAGAAGUGCUAUGAUUGCUGCUGCUUUAGAGUUCGUGCGUGGUGCUGUCCAGACCCCGACCAAGAAGACACGCCGGCUAAUUGUUAGUGGACUGGCCGAUUUUGUGUUUGUCAUGAUUGGGUACAUGCAGAUCACGGUCAGUCAAAUGGAGUCGUGGCAGGAAGAUCCAAACAAGUACGUUGCGGACGAAGAUGACGAGAGCCUGGCGUUUAGUGUGCGAAAUGCUGCUACAGACCUUUUGACGGAGCUAGAGGCUGUGCUGGGACGGAAGGCUGUGGUGGCUGCUCUUGAUGCGGCCCAAAGACGCCUGAAGGCUGGACAUACGAACAACUGGCGGCUUCAGGAAGCAGCGUUGCUGGUUGUGGGAUGUGUGGCCGUGUCGACACUUGAUGCCAUUAGCAAAAAUGCUGCCGAUAUUUUCCAGCUACUGGAUCUCUCCUCUUUCUUGCAAACUCUGUUCAAGGUGAUGAACGGGAGUUGCCAGGAGAUAUAUCUGCGUGCAAGAGCCCUGUGGUGUGCAAGCCGCCUUACAAAGGGUAUGAACCAAGAGAUGCUAGACGCGUUCCUUCAGGUGGCGAUUUCGGGACUCGAGCAGGGCCAGGUCUUCCCUGUUCGGAUGUACGCUUGCCGUGCUAUUGGUGCUAUUGUUCGCAACGACAGAGGUAAGGCUCAGCUUAAGGAGGCAAGCGUCGUUGUCAUUGACCGGUUGAUUAGCCUAGCUGAGCAGUCUUCCCGUGACACGCUCCACAUUACUCUCGAGACGUUGGUUGUAGUUUUACAGGAAUUGGAAGGUCUCGCUCUUGAGUCAGCGCAACGAGUUGUUGCUUGCUUCUUGCACCACUGGAGCCAGAAUUUGAACAACCCGCUGAUUUCUGAACUAAUCAACGGCGCCUUUGGAGCGCUUCUUCAGCUCGAUAAUACUGCUGUAACGGUGACGGUCCACGAACAGGUCUUGCCUGUCAUUCAUUCUAUGCUUGUCCAGAGUGUAUCUGGCAAUGGUGUGUACAUUGCUGGUAGUACAGUGACUAUUCUAAAGACACUGCUUUGCCACUCUUUCGCCUUAAAUGCGUCCAUUUCGACAGGCGGUGCCAACCCAGUGAUUCAGCAACUUGGAGCGCAAGUUGUUCAGCAAACCUUUGAGCCACUUGUUAUGGUGCUAGGCGCUGUUGAGGACGAGAAGGUGCUUAACGCUGGUUCCGAGUGCUUAAAGUGGCUUGUUAUGUUCGCUGUGGAUCCUCUGGCGGCGUAUACUACCGCCGCUGGUGAAAACGGUAUUGACACAACGUUGUCAAUCUCCGCAAAAUUGUUGUCGCCAGUUGUCUCCGAUGCAAGCGCAACUUGUGUUGGUGGCCUAAUUACUCAAAUCUUGCUGAAGCUGGGUCCCAGUCUGCCAACUGCGACCGUGCAGUCAAUCCUCAAUGCCGUCUGCGCUCGACUUGCGGCAACAGAGUUACCAUCCCUGGUGCAAUCUUUGUGCAUGGUGUUUGCUCGCCUUGUUCACUCGCAUGGCCAUGAAGUUCUAAACGUGCUGGAACAGUUACCGCCUCCGGCAGGCCAUGACCAGGCUCCGAAUAUGCUGGCUUUUGUCUUCCGAACUUGGAUUGAGAAACAGCAAGAUUUUUACGGACUCUACUGCGUCAAGGUGACUAUGAGUGCUUUGCUCAAAGUUGUCGAGUGGAAUGACUCUCGAAUCAAUUCCAUCAUUGUUACUGGAAGCGCACUCGACCCGACUAGCGGAGGAGCCACGGGUAUCCAGACUCGAUCGAAGGCUCGAGGCACACCUGCGAGUAGCAAGACGCAGUACAUGAGGGUACACUUUUUGACAAAGUUUGUUGUCAUUCUUGCGAAGACAAUGUCGAACUUGGCUGAGGAGGAGGAGGAGUGGGAAUCAUCUGACGAUGAUUCGUCGGAUGCAGAAGGUGAAGACAGUGCUAUCUCUUGUGGCGGUGGCACAUCUUCAGUGUUUGCACCUGCAGAGGACUAUAAGCUUCUCUCAGAUCAAUUGGAUGACAGCGACGCUGUAGAGACUCAUGAGGGUGAAGAGCCUGAGGAAGAAUUUGAAGCGUAUUUUGACUCUUUGAACGAGGUCGACCUGAAGGGCGCAAUACCUCAAGCUUUGCAACAUAUCAUGGCCGACGCGAACGUGCUUCAGGCCAUCAUGCCGGAACUGACGGCUACGGAUAAGGAAGAGCUUGCUGCUGUGUCGGCGUUUUCGUCGUACAUCGGACAGCCAUGGUUUCAUCAUUUUCAUUACGUGAAGGCGACCGAGUUGGCAAAUACUGGCGAGCUUGAAGACAAGCUACAAGUGGACAUUCCCGUCCAUCACCAGCAGUGUGCACUGAAUGGUAUUGUUGUGAUUAGCCUUCGUCUCGUCGUGAGGUGGCAGCCGGAAGGCCAAGACCUAUGGAGGGAGUCUCCUUUGUUGACGCUCUGCUUGCGACUUGGUUGUCCAUAUAUAUUCUGCUGGCAAGUUUAUCGCUCGAUAGGAGGACACAAGAAGUCGCUCGACCUUUUAUGGUAUUUUUCUUGUUCUUUUGCACUACUACCUCAAGUAUCAUCUAUCCAUGCAAACAUAGCCUAA